GUUUAGCGACGUAAACAGGCGUCCAUAGUUUUGCUCUUGGCUAGCUUUUGGGAAAAACGGGAGAAAUGCUCUUUGUACAGGGGCAUUUGGAGGCGAAUCAGCAUGAAUCCACUUGCUAGUCACAGCUGCCAUCUCCUUCAACAGCUCCAUGAGCAGCGUAUUCAGGGUCUUCUAUGUGACUGCAUGUUAGUGGUAAAAGGAGUCUGCUUCAAGGCACAUAAGAAUGUUUUAGCCGCAUUCAGCCAGUAUUUCAGAUCAUUAUUUCAGAAUUCAUCAGGACAGAAAAGUGACAUUUUUCAUCUGGAUAUUAAAAACGUUGGUGGGAUUGGCCAAAUCCUGGACUUCAUGUAUACCUCUCAUCUUGACCUUAACCAGGACAAUGUACAGAAUUUGCUUGAGAUUGCUCAGUGUUUACAAGUACAGAAUGUGCUGAACAUGUGUUAUACAUUUUUAAAGUCAUCAUCUUCUGUCACUGACCCAACCAGCAGCCUUUUAAAUAAUGGUGGAUUUUCUUUACAUGGUACAGUGACAACAGGCACAGAGUGCAUUUUGAGUGAGAAUUAUACUUCUGAACUGCUAGGUCACUGCCCAGUUGAUACAGCAUCACAGAUCAGUAAAGAGACAGAAAUCAGGCAUUCUAAUAGUCUGCGACAAGAAGCUGUCUCUAACCAGCAAGUAAGCAAUGUUCAGAAGCAUGCAUCUGAUCUUUUAGACAGAAAUUCUUCAGGACCUCCAUUUAAACAGACUGGGAUCCAUUACAAACCAAGGAAUUUUUAUAGUAAGCAGUUCUUCAAGCAAAAUGCUGAUACCAGCCAGGAGAGAGCACCAGAGCAACUAACUUUUAAUAUAUCUGCAGAUCUUAAUCCCUCGAGUACCACGGAAUGUACAGCAAAUGGUGCAGUAUGCCUAUCUGACUCCCAGGAACAUUUGCCUGUGACACCAACAUUAAGUGAAUCUUUGAAUGAUCAGAAUUCUGAAUGCACUGUACCUCAGGCUAAUGAGCAAAUGAAGCUUCAAAAACCAGUGUAUUUGAAAAAAUUUAAUUAUUUGAGGGCACAGAGAUCUCCACAAGAACCUGCUUUUCAGUCUCAACAAGUGGAAAACAGUAGUGCCGAAAAGGUUUUGGAGUCUGUACUUUAUGAAAACCCUGUAGAAAAUCAAGAAGUUACUACAAAUGAUGAAAAGGAAUCUGGUCUUGAACAGCUGACUUCAGAUGAUCUCGAAAAGUCUAACAGCAUACCUGCAUCUCAAGCCAAUAGCACCAGCAAACACGAGGACCCAUUAGUAUCAUUCCACUCACAAAAGCACUAUUGUUGCAAAAUGUGCAUGAAAUCUUUUAAACAUCCGAGCAAUUUGGAACUGCACAAACGUUGCCAUACAGGUGAGAAACCAUUUGAAUGCAGCAUAUGUGGAAAACAUUUCUCUCAGGCAGGCAAUCUGCAGACUCACUUGCGUCGUCAUUCAGGUGAAAAGCCAUUUAUCUGUGAGAUCUGUGGAAAGAGGUUUGCAGCUUCUGGGGAUGUGCAGCGUCACAUAAUUAUCCAUACAGGAACUAAACCACACUUAUGUGAUACCUGUGGUCGAGGAUUUAGCAACUUCAGUAAUCUAAAGGAACAUAAAAAGACUCACACAACUGAUCAAGUAUAUACUUGUGACGAAUGUGGAAAAUCUUUCAAUAUGCAGCGAAAGUUAGUGAAGCAUCGAAUCAGACACACUGGAGAUCGACCAUAUAGCUGUUCAACAUGUGGGAAUAAAUUUGCAGGAUCUGGUGAUUUGCGCAGACAUGUAAGAACUCACACUGGAGAAAGACCAUAUACCUGUGAUUUGUGUGGUAAGUGUUUCACCCGAUCUGCUGUUUUGCGAAGACACAAAAAAAUGCACUGUAAGGACAGUGAAGAUGGGCAGAGUACAGUUGAAGUAAUCACUCAUGCCAUUGAAAACUCCUACUGUCGGCCUGCUUUACAGAAGUCGCACAGUUCUGAAUCCUUUGAUCAGGACAUGCCUGUUACUUUAUCUGAGAAGCUUUCUGCUCACCAGCCAGACACACCUGCUAGUGAAGAAUUUCAUUCCUGUUCUUCAAGUCCAUAUUCUAAAUUCGGUGUGUCAGUUCAAGAUGUGAAGACUAAUAUUGACUCAAGUAAAGUUUCAAAGCCGCAGACGGAUACAGCAUCCCAGCAGUCUUAUUCUUACAGAAGUAUGCACUCACCAGCUGCUGAGGAACCUCUUCCAUCUCAGAACAUCUCCUUAAUGCGCUCCUCCAUCUCCUCUUUGGACAGUCAGUGUGGUGAACCAUUGGGAAGUCAUACAACUUGUAAAAACAAUGAUGGACCAUUUUUUUCUAGUGUGGCACUCUGGGGUUUAGCUAUGAAAACUUUACAGAGUGACAGUGAAAUAGACUAACAAGUCUUCUCCGGAUGAGAUAUUUUGAAAAACAUAAUUGAGGCAAAACCUUUGUCUUUAUUGCCAUACAAAAGAAAAUACAGUAUUUUCAUUGUCAUUCCUGAAAUAAUAUACCUGUUAAUUUCAUUUUGGAAUUUGUCAGUGUAGUUUAUCAAUUUUCAUUUGUUCUACUGCUUUGCAAGGUUUUGCAGAUAAUGCAAAAAGAUCAAAUAAAUGAUAAAAUUUGGUUUAA